GUUCCGAUCUAGUAGAGGAGGCUGAGCCUUGUUAGAAGUGGGCUCUCGGCAAAGCGUCAAUAAGGAAGACAGUCAGAGGAGAGGCGGACGGUAGUGCUGGAGUUGUUUCGAGAUGGCGGAAGCUCACCAGGCUGUGGCGUUCCAGUUUACCGUCACGCCAGAGGGCAUCAACCUGCAGCUGUCCUACCAGGCUCUCACCCAGAUCUACCUUUCUGGCCUGCGCUCCUGGAAGAAGAGGCUGAUCCGUGUCAAGAACAGCGUGAUCAGGGGGCUGUACCCUGCCAGUCCGUCCUCCUGGCUCUUCGUGGUCGUCGCCAUCCUGGCCACCAUGUACACGCGCUCUGAUCCCUCCAUGGGCCUAAUCGCCAAAAUCCAGGAGCACCUGCCCGUGAGCCAGUCCCUCAGUGCUCAGUGCCAGACUGUGGUGUCUGCGAUGCUCUUCAGCACCCUCCUGUGGCUCUUCCUGAUCUUUACCAUGCGCCUCUGCCUCAAGCAGCUGCUUUCCUACCACCGCUGGAUGUUUGAGCAGCACGGGAAGAUGUCUAACACUACCAAAGUUUGGAUGGCUCUGGUGCGGAUCUUCUCAGGCAGACAGCCCAUGCUUUACAGCUACCAGGGUGCUCUCCCUAACCUGCCUGUCCCUGCCAUCAAAGAUACCAUCAAGAGGUACCUGGAGUCCGUGCGGCCUCUGAUGAGUGCCUCUGAGUUCGAGCACAUGUCUGAGCUUGCCACAGAGUUCCAGAAGGGCCUAGGAAAUCGUCUGCAAUGGUACCUCAAGCUCAAGGCGCUCUGGGCGACCAACUAUGUGAGCGACUGGUGGGAAGAGUACAUCUACCUCAGAGGGCGAGGUCCAAUCAUGGUCAACAGCAACUACUAUGGCAUGGAUUUUCUGUAUGUGACACCAACACCGAUCCAAGCUGCCAGGGCCGGGAAUACUCUUCAUGCAUUCCUUCUCUACAGGAGAAAGCUCAACCGAGAGGAGAUCAAACCUAGUCGAAUCCCAGGCACCAUCAUUCCUCUGUGUUCCGCUCAAUGUGAGAGGAUGUUCAAUACCACACGCAUUCCCAGGAAGGAGGCCGAUAUAGUACAGCACUGGAAAGACAGCAACUAUCUGGCUGUUUACCACCGGGGCCGUUAUUUCCGACUGGGGAUGUACAAUGCGGGCAGGCUGCUGUCUCCCAGGGAAAUUGAGUUCCAGAUCCAAAAAAUCCUGGAUGACUCCUCCCCACCCUCAACCGGAGAAGACAAGCUUGGGGCUCUGACAGCAGGAGACAGGAUCCCAUGGGCUAAGGCUCGGAAGCAGUUUUUCAGCUCUGGGGUCAACAAGCUUUCACUGGACUGCAUUGAAAAGGCCGCUUUCUUUGUUACCUUGGAUGAUGACGAACAUGGCAUGAUGGGACAUGAUCCAACUGGCAGCCUGGAUCGCUAUGCAAAAUCCCUGCUCCAUGGAAAAUGCUAUGAUAGGUGGUUUGACAAGUCCUUUUCUGUGGUGGUUUAUAAGAACGGGAAGAUUGGUCUGAACGCGGAACACUCAUGGGCCGAUGUCCCAGUCGUGGCCCACUUGUGGGAGUAUGUUUUAGCCACAGACAGCUUUCACCUGGGCUAUAAUGAAGAAGGCCAUUGCAAAGGAGACAUUGAUCCUACUCUGCCACAUCCGCAGAGACUUAGCUGGGACAUCUCACCAGAGUGUAAGGAGCACAUCUCCAGGUCUCUUGCAGUGGCACAAGUACUUGCAGAUGAUGUGGACUUCCACGUUUUUCCCUUCAGGGACUUUGGCAAAGGAAGAAUUAAGAAGUGUCGAAUAAGUCCAGAUGCCUUCAUUCAGCUGGCUUUGCAGCUUGCAUAUUACAGGGAAAGGAGGAUGUUUUGCCUUACUUACGAGGCCUCCAUGACUCGCCUGUUUAAAGAGGGCCGAACAGAGACUGUUCGAUCCUGUACCAGCGAGAGCUGUGCCUUUGUCAGAGCCCUGGACAGUGGAGAGGAUGCAGAUCAUUGUAAGCGCCUCCUCCGAUUGGCUGCAGACAAGCACCAGAACCUUUACCGAUUGGCCAUAACAGGAUCUGGUAUUGACAGGCACCUCUUCUGCCUGUAUGUGGUUUCAAAAUACCUGGGUGUGGAGUCACCUUUCCUGAAAGAGGUGCUGUCACAGCCUUGGUGUCUAUCCACCAGUCAGACCCCAUUCCAGCAGGUAGAGCUGUUUGACUUGGUCAACCAUCCAGAAUACAUCUCCUGUGGGGGAGGCUUUGGACCAGUGGCAGAUGAUGGUUACGGGGUGGCCUACAUCAUUUUAGGAGAAAACAUGAUAAAUUUUCACAUCUCCUCCAAGCAUUCCUGCUCGCAAACUGAUUCUCGUCAGUUUGGUGCCCAAAUUGGAAAAGCUCUUUUGGACCUUCUGUCACUGCUCAGUUUUGACCAAAGAGCACCAGCCAAAACAAGGAACACAGAGGCAAAGAAAACAAUGUAAAGGAAUCGAUAUGGAGCCAUAAAACAGCUGAGAUGGCAAAAUCAAAGGAGAAGACCGGGGGGGUGAUUAUUGGUGAUUAAUGCAGUGGGACGGGGACUUUAACGAAAUCGACUGGGUGAAGCCAUUCAGGCCUGGGGAUCCAAUGGAACCAUGUGACACAGUAUUGGGGAAACUGGACAAGAAACAUAAUGGUCAUUGUGUCCCGUUUUUCAGGGUUUAAGUACAGGCCAGCAAUGGGUCAAUAACAGAAACCUGUCCCGAGGAAAAAUGAGCAGAAAGUUGUGUAAAGCAGCUGUGAAAAGGGGUGAGCAGAUAAAACACAUGUUAGGUAGGAGAGAGACAGCCAGCACCCCUGAGAAGGUGUUAUGCAGCUUGAUCACUUGGAAGCCCCAGGGGGCUGAUGUUUGAUGGAAGCAGAGCUGCUUCAGUUUCCAAUUGUAAAAGCGUGCCAGGAGAAAACCGCAAGUGGGACAAGUGGAGGGACCCUGCGGUCGUAAGGAAACAGGGUGGGAAAUCAAGAUGAGAGGGCAGAAAUGGAGACACAUGAGGAAAGACAUGCAGGACGAAAUGAAACCUACAUUUUCAAACUUCUUUUGUUUUGCUUACUGGAAGCCAUAUAUAGACCACGCACAUGAAUAGCCCAUGCUGUUAGACACAGUUACUACAGUGAACCAUACAUUUUAAAGGAUUAGAUGUGUAACCUUACUUAUAGUGUGGCAUUCCUUGGAAUUCUUAAAUGUUUACCAUCAGUUUUGGUAAUAAUGCAAUUUUACACAUUGCUGACUUUGAUUCUGGUUCCAUAUGUUUAUGAUUGUUUCCUUCCAUGAUUAUUCCGUGGUGGUUAUCACCAUGAGAAAUGUCAGGCGUAUUACACAGGCCUCAGUGUUUCAGUCCUGCUCAGUAGUCACAUAGAAUAAUACCAGCUUGCUUUUUUUUCUCCUCCCAGAGCAAGAAAAUGAAAGAACUAUAGGAACAAUGAUCUCUUCUUUCCACUCAUUUUAAGCGUUUUUAUACCCAAUUAAUUGACAUUUUCAAUUUUAUGAAGAAUUAAUAGUAGUUUAAGAAUGCUCAUCAUGUUGUAUAUAAGUGAUUAAUAAUCAUAAAGGUAUACAUAAGCAGCGGUUUUAUAUGGCAGUUGUUUUAUGUUAUCUUAAUACUGAAAGUUAAGUCAUCAGUGGGGAGAACAAGCUUCAAUAACAGAGACCUCAAGAGCAGCUAUUCUUUUUCAGGACAGUUAUGUGCAUGUUUUCUGUUGUUAGAGGGUUGAUGAAAAGCUCACUAUAAGGGAUUUUCCACUUCUCUGAAUGGACAAAGUCACUUCAUGGAGCUGUACAGAUACUGUGCAUACUUGGGUUGAUGUUUAUAUUUUAUUUCAUUAUUUUAGAUAUUGUAGACUUUGGUCAGUUAAAUGCAAAAGAAGCUUCUAGUAGUUUCUGGAAACGUGUUUAUGCUCACUGCGCAUUUUUAGCCAUUCUAUCGAUUGCGCGUGUCCCACUGCUGCUACUUUUCUGCAUUAUGCCUACAUGUAUGUUUUUUCCCUUUUUAUAAUUUAACUCAAUAUUUUCUUCACAACUUUCACUAUUAGGAUGGAAACUGAUUAUUAUUUUUUUUUUUUAAUUAAAACUUGUCUUUUACAAAUCCUCUCACAGUUAAAAAAAUUUGCUAAGGUUA